AUGGCGAAGCGAUCGGGGAAGAGAAAGGGGUCCAAAUCGAGGAAGUCUAUAGUAGUGAAGAGAAAAGCUUUUUUUCCCCGCAGACGAAAACCUGCAGCUAAGAAACAGCGGCUCAAAAAGAAAUCUAGACAUGUCAGUGAUGUGGGGGUAGCCAUCGGGUUAGUACGAGGCUGCAAAGGGAAAAAUAUUAAGCGAGGUCAAUCUGAUGUAAACAGCAAAAAUGAUACUUCGAUUGCCACCUCUCUCCAAGCAUUCUCCGAUGAAACGAGUGGGAGCCCUGCCUCUUAUCCAUCGGAUAGUACAUUAAGGGGGAAUGAUUCCAUGGGCACUGAGAAAGGCAAAAGAAAGAGAAAGUCCAGAAAGGAGGUCAAACAAAUUUCUGAGGUAAGUGGCAGCAGCAAAACCACAUCCAACCGAACUCCAAGAAAUUCCUCCAAGAAGCCUAAAUUGAAGAGGCGACGUUCCAGCCUGAUUUCAGACGAGCAGACACAGAUGAGCAAGCAGAGUGAGUCUGGCAAGCCCAACGAGUCUGCUGGCAGUGGAACGGCAAAGCAGAAGGGCAACGAUCCGCAGAAUACCAACGAUUUGCAGCAGGAAGAGCCCAAGGAUGUUAAGGGACUCAUACAAAAGACGGCAUCAAAAGAAGUGAUGGAGGAGAAAAAUGAAGGGAACUCCAGCUCUAGUGGAUGA